AUGCCAGAUACUCCCUCGAAGAGAAAAAGAGCAGCAUCCCUGCGAACGCAGCUAUUUAACAAACACAUGUAUGAGUUGUUCAAUGGGAAUAAUGGACAGGAUAUAGAGCUAGCAUAUGUGAAUGAGAUGGAUGGUGAUGAGAAUCAGCAAUUAGAAGAUGAAGAUGAACUCGAAGAAGAUGAUAUCGAAGAGGAUAAUAAUCAAUUUGAGAACAAGGGCAGGCCCACACUGUUCACAAAACUAAUGGACGUUUUAUUGAAUAGAAAACGUAUUGUACGUAGUAAGGAUGGAAGGCAAAUACCGAUUUCAUUGGAUCAUGAGACAGCAGAAUACAGGCGAUAUGCUUAUAAAAAUGGGAACCUUUUAAUUGAUGAGAGAACUGAGCAACCUUAUGUAGAUAACCAAAUUACUUCUUCCAGGUAUACGGUCUACUCAUUUCUCCCCCGGCAAAUAUACGCUCAAUUCUCUAAGCUGGCGAAUAUUUAUUUCUUUUUAAUCGCAAUUUUGCAGAUGAUUCCAGGUUGGUCUACCACAGGUUCAUACACAACCAUUAUUCCAUUAUGUGUAUUUAUGGGAAUUUCCAUGACAAGAGAAGCAUUUGACGAUUUUAAAAGGCAUCAGUUAGAUAGAGAGGAAAAUGACAAAACGGUUAAAGUUCUGCGAAAGACCAACGGCGGUUACAAUAAUUUUAUGGCAACUAGUCAAAAUUUUACGGAGUUGAACAAUAACAGAUCAAAAUUACCAGCUCAAGGGACUUUGGAUACCAGAUUUCACAACUUUGAACUAUUAUCAGAACGUCAUGGCGUUAACAUUGAAAAGAGAAAAUGGAAAGAUUUGAGAGUAGGUGAUUUUGUACUUUUAAAUCAAGACGAUUGGGUACCGGCUGACUUACUGCUAUUAGCGAGCGAUGGAGAAAACAACGAAUGCUUUAUAGAAACUAUGGCACUAGAUGGUGAAACUAAUUUGAAAAACAGGCAGCCAAGUGCUCAGCUAAGUAAGUUGGCUGGUGCGGCUUCGGGUUUAGCUAAUAUAAACGCUAAAGUUAUAGUGGAAGAUCCCAAUAUCGACCUUUACAAUUUUGAAGGUAACUUGGAUCUAGAAAAUGAUCAAACUGGCGAAAGCAUCAAACACCCUUUGGGUUUAGACAACGUUGUGCUCCGUGGUAGUAUCCUGAGAAAUACAGAGAAUGUUGUUGGUAUGGUCAUUUUCACUGGUGAAGAAACUAAGGUUAGAAUGAAUGCUAUUAAAAAUCCAAGACUAAAAGCUCCUAAAUUACAACGCAAGGUGAAUCUAAUUGUGAUAUUUAUGGUUAUCGUCGUGACUGCAAUGUCACUCUUUUCGUAUCUGGCCCAUAUUAUAAAUAACAGAAGAUACAUCAAUGGCGACCAGGCGUGGUAUUUAUUUCAACAAGAUGCAGGUACUGCCCCCACUAUCAUGUCAUUUAUUAUCAUGUACAACACUAUUAUACCGUUAUCCCUUUAUGUUACCAUGGAAAUCAUCAAAUUGAUACAGAGUAAACUUAUGGAAUGGGAUAUCGACAUGUACCAUCCAGUAACAGAUACACCGUGUGAGACUCGAACUGCUACAAUAUUAGAAGAACUAGGCCAAGUGUCGUACAUAUUUAGUGACAAAACAGGAACAUUGACGGAAAAUAAGAUGUUGUUCCGUAAAUUCUCUCUAUGCGGUAGUUCAUGGAUUCAUAAAGCCGAUCCCUCGGCUAACGAGGAUCAACUUCCCUCUAUACAAUUGACAACAGACGUUGAAACUGUAUCUCCUGAAGGUAAUGAGAUUACCGGUGAUCACAGUGAUGAGUUUCUUUCAAGACAGAGUUUUGCCAAUGAUGCUGCAAAGACAUCCGUGAAGUAUAAAGGGAACUCUGGUGCUAUCUAUAGUGGACGGCCAAGUAUGAGAUCUCUUGCUGGUGAAGAGGAGCAAAGCUUACAUUCUCGUAGCAGCAAUACAACAAGCAGGCCUACCAAUUUAAAAAGUUCACUCGAUUUAAUCAAGUUUAUUCAAUUGCAUCCCAACUCAUUAUUUGCCCAUAAGGCAAGGUUUUUCAUUCUUUCAUUAGCGCUCUGUCAUAGUUGUUUACCCAAAAGAUGCAAUAUCAAGGACGAUGGGGAAACGAAUGAAGAUCCUAUCGAAUAUCAAUCUUCAUCUCCAGACGAGCUAGCAUUAGUUACAGCUGCCAGAGAUCUUGGAUAUAUCGUACUCAAUAGAAAUGGAAAAAUAUUGACCAUUAAAAGUUUCCCCAAUGGUUUUGAGAAGGAGCCUUUGUUAGAAGACUAUGAAAUCAUGGAAACAAUUGAUUUCAAUUCAAAUAGAAAGAGAAUGUCAGUUUUGGUAAAGACUCCAAAUGAGCCGAAUCGAAUCUUGCUAGUUUGCAAAGGUGCUGAUAAUGUUAUUCUAGAAAGACUUCCUAACCAUAAGGAUGCCCGCCAAAAAAUGGAGGAGUUUAAUAUUUCCACCAAAGAGCGCAAGGAAGCUGAAGCUGAAGUUGUAUUACAACAACGAAGAUCCUUAGAAAGAAAUGCGACGGAUGAUGAUGUGGCAAGUAAUAGACUAAGAUCAUCUCUAUCAAGCAUGCCGAAAGGAAGUUUAUCCUUAAAAGCUAUGAAGAAAAGUUUUUCCAAUAAAAGUCACCAUGGAGAAUUCCAAGUUAAUUCCAUCGGUCAGUUCUUGGAUACAAUCAAAAAGGCUGAUGAAGAAAUAGAUGAUGUUAUUCUCCAUAGUAGAAAGUCUGUGCAAAAACAUCAACAGAAAAGAUAUGGUGACAUUAAGUCAAUUCCCUACGCUGGACCUCAACAAGCAAUACCGUGGGAGAAUAGCUGCUCGUCACACGAUCAAAAUAUGUGGGAUUACAUUGGAUCAGAUGAAUUGAUUAGCAAUGAAGGAUAUUUAUUGGAAAGGACCUUGCAAGCAAUUGAUGAAUUUUCUACUGAAGGUCUCAGAACGUUGUUAUACGGCUACAAAUGGAUCGACUCGUCAGAUUAUAUGGAAUGGGAAAUGCGCUAUCGUACGGCUAAAACCUCGCUCACUGAUCGUAGAGCCAAAGUAGAAAAAGUGGGUGAAGAAAUUGAGGAUAAUUUAGAAUUGAUUGGUGCAACCGCCAUUGAAGAUCGAUUACAAGAUGGUGUGGCAGAAUCCAUCGAGAAGAUUAGAAGAGCAGGUAUUAAAAUGUGGAUGUUAACAGGAGACAAAAGAGAGACUGCUAUCAAUAUUGGAUAUUCAUGUAAAUUGAUCUACGAUUAUUCUACCGUUGUUAUUUUGACUGAAAAUGAUGAAAAUAUAAUUUCCAAAAUGAAUGCAGUGUCUCAAGAGAUUGACUCCGGUAACAUCGCACACUGUGUACUAGUCAUAAAUGGUGCUACAUUGGCCAUCUUUGAGAGCAAUCCAAUUCUCUUAUCAGUUUUUGUCGAACUUUGUACGAAGACUGAUUCUGUGAUAUGCUGUAGGGCAUCACCUUCUCAGAAGGCACUGAUGGUGACUAACAUUAGAAACAUUAAUAAAGAUCAGGUUACUUUAGCCAUUGGUGAUGGUGCCAACGAUAUUGCUAUGAUUCAAUCUGCGGAUAUUGGUGUUGGGAUUGCAGGUAAAGAGGGUCUUCAAGCCUCAAGAUCAUCUGAUUACUCAAUCGCUCAAUUCAGGUUUUUGAUAAAAAUGCUAUUUGUACAUGGGCGCUACAACUACAUUCGUACCUCCAAAUUUGUGCUCUGUACUUUUUACAAAGAACUUACUUUUUACAUGACCCAAAUGAUUUUCCAGAGGUACACAAUGUUUUCAGGCUCUUCCAUGUAUGAAUCAUGGGCUCUUUCCAUGUACAACACUUUAUUCACUUCACUCCCCGUUCUAUGCAUUGGAAUGUUCGAAAAGGACUUGAAGCCAAUGACUUUGUUAGCAGUUCCCGAACUUUAUACUGCUGGCCGAUUAGAUAAAGCUUUCAAUUUACCAAUUUUUUGUCAAUGGAUAAUACUAGGGACCUUAAAUUCGCUGCUUAUCACUUUCUUAAAUGUCACAGCAUGGGGUGAAAGUGCCCUUAAAGACAAUACCCUUUAUCCAUUAGGUGUUGUAAAUUACACUUCUAUUGUAAUUUUGGUAAAUUUAAAAUGCCAAUUCGUUGAGACUCAUGACCGUAACUGGUUAGCAUUUGCGUCGGUGGCAAUCUCCAUAAUAGGUUGGUUUGUCUGGUGCUGUAUAUUACCACUGGUCUACACCGAUGGCUCCAUCUACGAUGUUUCGACUGGGCUUUAUCAUCAUUUUGGUAGGGACAUUACUUUCUGGUGUGCAGUUCUUGUAUUAGCUGCUUCUAGUGUCAUGGUUGAUGUCAUUUACAAGACUGUUAAAGUAAUGCUUUGGCCCACCGAUACUGAUAUAUUCAAGCACUUGGAACAAAAGGACGAAAUUCGAAAGAAAUUGGAGUUUGGUGCAUAUAACGAAAUGAAACAAGGUUGGACUUGGGAGCGUGAUCCAAGUACUUUAUCGGUUUACAAGGAUAAAGUAUUCCCAUCUUCAAGAUCCCGAGCUAAUUCGCAGCAGUCUUCAAAUAAAGAAGGCUCCUCGCAUAAAAAUAAGCAUAAUAAUAAUUCUGAUACUUUGGUAUCAGAGACUACUCACACCCUAGAUCUCAAUUACGAUGAUAAGAGGUACGAAAUGUUACCCAGUGGUAAGUUGAUUAAAAGGCAAGAAUUGGAAGAAGAACAGAAAACCAACCAUCUCUUGCCCAAGAAAUUGAGAUUUAAUAUGAAGAACACUGAAAGUAAUGAAAACAUUAGAGCCAUCGUUGAACAACGCAUGCAUGAUCUGGAAUAA